UUCAACCGAAAGAGUAUUAGAUGAAUGAUGAGCAAGAAAAAUAUUAUUAACUUCUAAUUAAAAAAUAUUUAUGUAAGUGAUGAAUAUCCACGUAGUUCGAAGUAUAAGUUAAAAGUCGGUUUUAGUGUGAAUUGAUUUUCAAAUAAUAUGCUAAAAUUAAACAAAUUCAACCUCUUUUUUUGGGACAAUUUAAAAUUGCUUAUUUUUGUUGAAAAGAGGACAUAGAAAAAGUAGCAACUUUAAUCUUUCAUUUUAUAAAGCACUUUUUUUUUUGUUUUGUUCUAUUGAUACUUAUUGUUUUAAACCUAGAUUGAAAGCAAUAAUAAUUUGAAUUAUUUGAAUACUGGGGAAAAACCCAAAAGGAUAAUUCGUCUAAAUAUAAGAGUCAAAGCUUUAUGAAUUUCUAAUUAGUAUUUUUUAAAUGUUAUAUGCAACUCAAAAUCGGGAACUAGAAAUACAUUUUUUAAAAAAUAAAUUAGGAUAAAUUAUUUUCAGUUCGAGGUUUUUCUUCUUCUCAAAACCAUUAAAAACCUGAGACAUUUGUUCUGUUAGAAAGUUUUUAAUUUCUCAUAUUGCUAAAAAUUACAUCUUUAAAUCUUAAACGAUGAAUUCAUUUCCUAGAUCAAUAAUCUUGUUGAUUUUUUCUGCUAAUUUUUGCUUAAUUUCCAUGUGGGGUGAUCCUACUCUAUAUUAUUUCUGGUUCGAAAACAAACUUCACGAUAGCUGGAUUUUAGAAAGCCUUAAUGAUACUUACAUGAUUUAUUGCCUGCAAAAAUGUAGAAGGAAUUCAAACUGUACCGGAAUGGCUCUAAGUUCUCUCCAAGAAGAUGCCGACGAUCACACAAGAACGUGUCAUCUCUUAUGGAAAAUUGAUGAAUCGGAUUGUAUCGACAAUGAAGAAUGUAACAUAGAAGGCUACCAAAUUUAUCACGAAACAAAACCAGUUGUAACGACAACUACUGAGGCUGCUACAUCUACUACUCAAGAAUCUUCAACUACUGUAGCACCAACUACAACUACGCUUAAACCAACUACUACUACAACUACUGAGCCAACAACAACAACAACUACUACAAAAGCGACAACUACAACUACAGAACCAACUACUACUACUACAACAACUGAAGAACCUACCACUACAACCACUACAGUGCCGCCUACUACUACUACUACAACUGAAGAACCUACCACGACAACCACUACAGAGCCGCCUACUACUACUACUACAACUGAAGAACCUACCACUACAACCACUACGGAACCUCCUACUACCACUACUACAACUACAGAACCAACGACUACUACAACGACAGAGCCGAUUACCACUACAACUUCAGAAACAACAACUACUACAACUGCCGAGCCUACAACAACUCCAACAACUGCUGAGCCAACAACGACAACAACAACCGCUGAGCCUACAACGACGACUACAACUGCUGUGCCUACAACUACGACUACAACUGAAGAACCAACAACUACAACUACAGAAGCAAUGACAACAACGACCGAAGGACCCUCUGAUCCUCACCGUUAUAAUAAAGAAUGCAGUGCACCGCCUGCGAAUAUUGUUUGCAAGCAGCCAGUGGAUCAGCAGUUUGUGUUUGGUUUAGAAUCGUAAGUACGCUUUUU